CCCAGGGGAACGCCCCACUGGGCAACUGCCCUAAAGUCAGUUCCUUGUUCCGGCUGCUCUGUUCCCCUGCCGAGCAAGGUGCCCCGGGCGGGGGUAAGAAGGGCGCCCAGCGGGGCUGUACCCCAGAAGAGCCACUGGUGCGCCCCCUCCCCCAGCAGAGACAGGGGCGGGGGCUCGUAGCUGGGUUGGGGGAUAAUUGAGAUCAAACAGCUGAACCGUGGAAGUGACCCCUGCUCUGCCCCAGAGAGAGAAGGGGAAGGGAAAGCUGGGGACCCCCACACCCCAACUUGGGGCAGCAGCUUUCCGGGACGAAGGCGGAUCCGGGAUCCGGCUGAUCACAGACAGAGGAGAGCAGGAGAAGGUCCCCGUCCACAUGAAGUUGCAUGAAACCAGCGUCCUGGGCUACUCCCGCAUGGGGGCGCCCCCCGACCGGCGGGGGCGGCUGUACAAGAAGAGCGAACGCAGCAGCAGCUACCAGCGGCGCUGGUGCGAGUUACGGGGGAACCUGCUCUUUUACUGGGAGCGGCAGGGGGAGCGCGAGCCGCUGGGGCUGAUCCUGCUGGAGGGCUGCACGGUGGAGCUACAGGAAUCCGCCACGGAGCCUUUCACCUUUGAGAUCUCCUAUUCCCACGGGUCGCUGGGCCACCGGGCUUACAAGAUGGCUGCUGAAGACCAGGCCUCCAUGGAGGGCUGGGUGCGGGCUCUGAGCACGGCCAGCUUCAACUACCUGCGGGCCCUGCUGAGAGAUCUGGAGGGCCAGUACCGGGCUGGCGGGGCCCUCAGGGCGACACCACUGGAAGAGAGGGCUGUGGUGCGCAGCCCAUUGGUGGCAGCACUGGGAUUGCCAGACUUUGAAGGGCUUCACCGCCAGUUUGGGGAGGAGAUUAUGAAGCUGAGGGUGAGGUGGAGGGAGGGGAGAGCAGGAGGGGACCAGACAGCGCAGGGGGACCUGAUUGAUUUCGAGUAGGAGUGGGGAAAGGAGGCAAGCUGGGGGGCAGGAUGGGUAGGGAAUCCCCAUUCAUUGCCAUCGAAUACAGGAGAAACUAUGGGGAACCCAGGGACAGGCGAGCAAGGGGCUGCAGGUCAGGAUUAAGGGGCACCAGCCUUGGUGGUCUGGGGUGACUGGGAAAUGGGGACAAAAUAUUUGUCAAAUAUUAACACUGUGAAGAUGCCUUUACAAUAAUAAAAUUCUUCUAUCU